CCCACACAGGGCGUAAACCGAGGAAAGACAGCGUGGUGGGGCGCACGUUCCCCACGAUUCUUCGUGUGCCUUUGUAUCUUCCUCUAAUUGGUAAAGGAAAAAUCCAGUGCGCGAUACAUACAGCAGGCUUAGUGUAUGGUGGACUGUAUACGCUUCUUCGUCGAAGGCGAACAGCUAGCUGCCUGAAAAGCCGCUUAGUUCUGAGUCGUAGUCAACAAUAACCGCCAUCUUACUGCUAGAAAUAGCAGAUGCCAAAUAAGUGAACGCAUUGUGUGACAUCCGCUAUGAUGUGGGAUAGUUGUCGAUCGUUUAGUGUAUAUAAUGAUUUGUCGGUAAAACACCAAUAUGCCCUCCUCAGUGGGCAUACAACACCGAUGUAUUUCGACCUAGGAGAACCGCUUGGCCCCGAGGAAUACUGGCAAAUUACAAACAAAAUCAUUGUUACUUCUCGCAAUCAUAUUGCUACCUAAUAAUUCUAAUAAAAGGUGUCUGUAAUAUAAAAAAAAAAAGAGAACAUCGAGAAAUUGAAUACUUCUUACAAAUUCCACAAAAUAGUGUUGCCCUAUUAUCCUCUGUAGUCCUUUAAUAAGUGGGCCAGGUAUGGGUAAAGUCACAGGUGUGUGCGUCGGAACUCAACAGUGAAAAGAACGCGACUUCGGUGUGAUAUCUGUGGUGAAUAUUGUUGUCGUGUGUUGAAAGGCUGGGAAACAGAGGUUCCUGUAGGCCCAACCUAAAGCUAAUUUCAGUCGGGUGGAUGUCUUUUUUUUUUUGUUUGCUUCUUGCUGACGCUUGUGCACGUAAAGGAGACAGAAUUACUGGAAGGUUAACUGAUUACACCAAUGAUUGGAAGGACAUGUGUGUGAGAGUUGUGCACUUGUUAGUAACUACGCCUAAUCAUCAUAAACGACGACAAAUGAAAUGAUGAUGAACAUGGGCAUCAACAUGGAGCCAUCUGUGUCGUCGGACAGAAGCUGGAUGCUGUCAUCAAUUUCCCGAUCGUCGCUAGGAUAUCACACGGUCUUCAUUCUACUGCUGCACCUUUAUCUAUGCACAGAUCCAGCAGCUGGUGGCGGACCAAGCAGCGACAUGCUGGGCCCACAGCUAGUGAGUGACUUUCCGACGACAUCAGUUAAGUUCUCAAACGCAACGGGCUACGUACUCGACUGCGAGACACGGGGUCAGCCGCCGCCGAAGACUCGCUGGUACCAACUGACAUCAAGUGGCUUCGAGCAGGAGGUCUCUUCGGUGGAACGACUACGAACUAUAGCGCCGAACGGAUCCCUUGUUUUCCCGCCCUUUCAAGCCAUCCAGUUCCGGCCCGACGUGCAUAAUGUCGCUUAUCGCUGUCGGGUGUCAAACGUCUUCGGAUUGGUUGCCAGUCCCGUCGUGCACGUUACUGCCAUUGUGGAGCAGUACUUCGAAGUACAAGUGUACGACGAAUUCACGAUCGCUGGCAAUACCGCUGUCUUACGCUGCCACGUUCCAUCAUUUGUACGAGACUACAUCAUCAUCACUGGAUGGCAGGCCAGGCCACCUAUUGCGCCUAAAGUGGAACCCAUUGAAAAUGACGGACGCUACAGUAUCUUUGCGACGGGCGAGCUUCAUGUCCGCAAUGUACAAAUGUCUGAUGGUCUGACGAAUUUCCGCUGCGUUGCGAAGCACACACUCACUGGUGAAACGAAGCUGAGUUCGUACGGACGCCUGAUCGUCACCGACCUAAAAAUCAACGUUGCCCCGAAGAUGACCGACUUUAAGGGUUCAGUUGUGGCGAAGGUUGGCGAAGACGCCGAAUUACCUUGCGCCGCCCAAGCAUAUCCGUCACCUAAAUACGUAUGGUACAAAGCAGUGGGCGAGAGUCUGACAACGCUGCCCAGCCACCGUUAUCUACUCAAGGGCGGCUCGCUUCUGCUGCAAAAGGUACGCUCCGGGGACUCGGGCAGAUACGUUUGCAUUGUUAGCAACCAGGUCGGCGAGGAACGCACUUUCACCAGCUUGCACGUUGCGGCUGAGCUUCGCGUGUCGCUCGUACCCCACCUAUUGACAGUUCAUAUCGGCAAAAGUGCAGUGCUAAACUGUUCCGUUAAUGAGAACCAUGUGGAUAACAUCCAGUGGUUGAAAGAUGGACAGCCGAUUCUAGGAGACGAGCGCUUUGAAUUUCUAUCAAAUGGACGUAUUCUACACAUAAACUCAAUUCAACGCUACGAUGGAGGUAUGUUCCAGUGCCUUGUAGCUGACAGUCAAGGAGCGUCGGCCCAGGGAACUGCACAACUUACGCUUGGAGACUCCGCUCCGGUGAUUGUUGAAAGCUUCAAAUCGCUCACGUUGACGCCAAACGAGGCCGCUGCCUUGAAGUGUAGCGCCACCGGGUCCCCUGCGCCUGAAAUCAGUUGGUUCCUCGACGAUGCGCAGGUAGUGCCAGAUCGUGGCGGAUACUUCGUGAAUGGAUUUGGUGUCCCAGGCGACAGUCGACAAGUGAUCAGCUGGAUGAACAUCAGCCGCGCAAAGGUUGAUGAUGGAGGCGAAUGGCGAUGCGAAGCGGCUAACAGCGCUGGCGCUGUUUCGUUUGCGGGGCGGAUCAAUGUCAAGGGCCGCCUUGCCAUUCGACCAAUGGCCAAUCGGUCAGUCGUCGCCGGACGAGACGUAGUUCUACAUUGUCGGGUCAUCGGCUAUCCGUUAGAGUCUAUCGUGUGGAAUAAAGGUGGCCGCCCUUUGCCACUGCACCAUCGGCAGAAGGUAUUCCCAAAUGGGACCCUUAUUGUGUUUUCACUAACAACGGAUGAUGCCGGCCAGUACUCCUGUGUGGCAAGAGGCCCCGAUAAUAACGCCACUGCCAACCUCUCGAUUACGGUCAAAGUUCCUCCUCUGAUCGAGAGGUUCGCUUUCGACGAGAAUUUAUACGAAGGGAUGCGAACCCGUGUCUACUGUAACAUUGCUAGAGGCGAUCAACCACUUACAAUCCGCUGGUUGAAAAAUAACUUACCGUUGCAAUCCGGGGCACAACUACAGGUGCGCUCUCUGGAUGCAUUCUCCGUAGCGUUGGUCAUCGAUGCCUUGAACCCCGCUCACAAUGGAAACUACACCUGUAUGGCGAGCAACGACGCAGCUGUUGUAAACUAUACGGCGAUACUCAUGGUUCACGUUCCACCUCACUGGGUUCGCGAACCGAAGGAUUCAUCAGCUGUGGAAGGUUACAGUAUCCACGUAGACUGUAUGGCUACUGGGCAUCCUCUACCGCGCAUUAUUUGGCAAAGGGGAGGGACAGAACGCCAAUCAUCAGAAUACAAGCAAAUCCUGAGUGGUCCCGAUUACCAGAUCUUUGAGAACGGCACCCUGCGUAUCGCAAUGGUUCGUUAUCAGGAUCGCGGUCCGUAUCUCUGUCAGGCUGCCAACGGGGUGGGAUCCGGCCUAAGUACGGUGGUCCAGCUAAAUGUUCAAGUGCCGGCUCGUAUCGAACAUGCGGUUCACAACAAUACAGUGAAACUUGGCUCGAAGAUGGCACUCAACUGUCCAGUGCGAGGUGACCAUCCGAUACGUGUAAGAUGGUCAAAAAACGGGCAACCAAUAGGCAAGGAGUCAAAAACAUUCGGGGUGCACGAGAAAAAUUCGGCGUUGGGAUUGAUUUCAAGCCUUGUCAUCCAUAAGGUUGCACGCGAGGACUCCGGCACGUACACUUGUGCUGUUAGUAAUAAGUUCGGCAACGACGAAAUGCAAGUUCGGCUUUACGUGCAAGAACCGCCGGAGCCCGUCGAGGGCUUCAACAUUACAAGUGUCAGCAGUCGAAGCGUUAACGUCGUCUGGCGAGAACCAUAUAAUGGCAACAGCCCCAUCACUUACUAUCUCAUACAGUAUAAAAAUAGGACAGAAAGUGCGUGGGAUAGUGAACAGACGAUUAACGUAACGGUACCAGCUUCUGAGCAGACAAGCUGGACCGUGCGCGGUCUCGGGCCCGAUAUCCUGUACUACUUUCGUAUACAAGCCGCCAAUGAGGUCGGCAUUGGACCUCCAUCAACGAAUCUAUUGAAGAUGCGUACGGAAGAGGAGGUGCCAGCCGGCCCCCCGACAAAUGUCUACGUGCAGGCCGCUGAUUCCACCUCGCUACGUGUAUCAUGGAAUCCCCCUGUUAAUGAACUACGGAAUGGUCGCAUCAAGGGCUACUAUGUGGGCUAUAAGCUAUACAAUUCCAGUGAGCUUCACCUUUACAAAACAGUAGAGGCGAAAGCGAUGAAAAACAGUGGCCAGUUAGGCGAAUGUAUGCUACACAACCUGCGAAAGUUCACAAAGUAUUCGAUCCUAGUGCAAGCAUACAACUCGAUCGGCGCGGGGCCGCGAUCGGACGAGAUGGUCGUGUCAACCGCGGAAGACGUGCCUCAGAUUGCGCCGACAGGCGUCUAUUGCCACGUCCUUUCAACCAGCUCAAUGAAGGUGUCUUGGAAUAGUCUCGACGUUUCGAAGCUCGAUGGAAUUCUCCGCGGGUACCAGGUCAUCUAUCAACUCGUCGAUACGCUAAAAAUUGGCCAACGGGAAACGGAUGAUGUGUCUACGUCCCUUCAGGUCGAAGGCCUUGAAGUCUACUCGAAUUACUCUAUCCGCGUGGCGGGCAUUUCAGGCGGAGGCGUCGGGCAGCGCACCACACCAAUCUUCUGUAGGACUCACGAGUCUGUCCCUGAAGAACCGGAAGAUAUCAAAGCACUGGUACUUGCUUCGGAUGCGAUUAUUGUUAGCUGGCGGCCCCCACGGAAGCCUAACGGACUCGUGCAAACCUAUACAGUGUAUGAAAAACUCAAAGACAGUUUCAACAAAGAAAACUCGCGCCGAGUUUCAGUACCAUCCGGUCAACUAUAUCACGAGGUGCGGAACCUUCGAUCUGGCCAGCGCUACGAAUUUUGGGUGACAGCGUCCACCUCAGUUGGAGAGGGGCCACCGAGCAAACGCGCGUUCCAGACACCUGAUAUCAAAGCACCAGCUCGCGUAGCAUCGUUUAGCCGAGGGAUAUCAGUUGUGCAGAAACAGGACAUUGAACUAGACUGUCGGGUUGCCGGACUGCCCUUUCCUCAGAGAACGUGGAAAAUCAAUGAUCGGGUAAUUUCGAGUGGUAGCCCGCGCAUCAAAAUGCUAGCUUCCGGAGCCAUCCGCAUUGAAAAUGUAAAGGAUAGCGAUGCGGCUAAGUAUACUUGUCAUGUAGCUAACUCAUAUGGAAAGGACCAUGUCGAGUAUGCGCUUACCAUCGCCUCUGAUCCCAGCACUGUUUUGCCGCCAAAGCCACAGGACGUCGAAGUUAUACGAACGUCAUUUAACAGCGUGACGUUGUCUUGGUUACGAAAGAACACAUCAUCACCUAUAACAAGCUACGAGCUCUACUACAGUCGCGAAGCCGGUUCUUGGCUUAAGGUGAAGGUGCCUACCGGCGAAGGCACGUCCGUGAGGAUGUCGCACGAAUUGAUGGGCCUCUACUGCGGCACCCAGUACCAGCUAUAUCUCAUCGCCCACAACCCUAGUGGACAUAGCGAGGCCAGCGAGACAGUGUCAACAAAGACACUCGGUGAAGUGCCACGUGCCCCAAGAAAAGAGCACUUUAUCGUGUCUAACUCGACAUCGUUGACAUUGCGUCCAUCAUCGUGGGAUGAUAACGGUUGUCCAAUCUCGCAUCUGACCAUCGAGUAUCGUCCCCGGCCAACCGGUGGAAGCCAUUCUCAGUGGAUCGUCGUUUCUCGCAAUCUGAGCCCAGACGAAGGUCCCAUGACUUUACACGAUCUCCGGCCAGAAAUGUGGUAUAGCGUUCGAGUGACAGCGACCAACGAUGCUGGCAGCACCGAUGCUGAGUUCACUGUGAGAACCGUGCCGAACUCCCACGUGACUCCUGAACUAAUGGUGCACGAUCAGAGCUACGAGGAUCUCGCCUUGGUUGUCCCACUGGUCGUUAUUGUACUCGUUAUUGUGGCAGGCGUACUCACAUCGGCCGCACUCCUUUUCUGCUGCAAGAAUAAGGCAACCGCAUUGGCAUUUUUCAAGCCCCAAGACAUGUCAGUGAUGCAAAGGGAAAACCUUACAAUAAGCCCCGCUGAGACUGCACUUAUGGAAGCCAAAGCGAAUCAGGAGGUCACCCGUCAGCUCUGUCUGGGACUUGGUUCUCCUAACCGUAGGAUAGCGCCGUCCGCCGCACAACAUACCGGUUCGAUGGACGAUCUGUCGUCAUUCGGAGUGUACGAUGAUUUACAAAAGCCAGGCGCUGUGCCAUCGAAACAGGUCAGUCAGCAGACGCUGAGCGUGCUUGCUCAUCCACAUUUAACAACAAAGCCGCUCAUGGCGACGGCUACCUUGAACCGGCAUCGCCGACGACCACCUCCGUUCUCGAAGGCAGCUAGCAACGACAAUAUCCUCUGUGAGAAAUCCAAUACAGCACAGAGUAAUCACUACGACAACCCAAGAAGCAAGAACUGGGAGAACGGUGCAUCUUCAAACAGCAGUGGCGUUACGAGUGGUGCCGGAGGUGGACUGGCCGCUGUGGCCGCCAAUGGGCCUACUUCCAGGCCCUUCCUCUUAGCAGAUUCGCGGACACACGACUGCAAACCAAUAGCAAUGGAAAUCUUUGACUACGAAACGCCAAUGGGCACCAUCAAGGAACGCCAACGGCUUGGCCAUCAGACUCUGGCGUCUACCUCGUGGAGAGAGGCGGAUCGAUUCGAGCCUCGAGUUCGAAUGGAUGACCAUUUCUACUUGGAUAACGAGGAUUGCACAACCAAAUUCGACGGUGACUCCUCGUAUGAAGGAGCUGAUCCGAACGGUGGAGGGCACAAUAGCCGGGAUGACGCCAGCGCAACCAGCGACGAUGCAACGAGUAGAGGUGAUACAAGCAGCGCCUAUAAUUUCUCGUAUCGCGUUGCCCUACCGCCACCUGAACGCAAGUUUUUAUAAUAAAAGGACGAACGGAACCAAUAGCAAUGCACGAAACGUUUAGUGUAUACUUGUGUAGAAAAUCAAACGAAUAAACCAUCUGUAAGCGUGUUUCUAAGUGAGUCUCGACAGGGCGGAUGAUUUGAAAAGAACAGAACCACGUCUAUGACGAUGACUAAACGCUGGGACCUCAAUGGCCUGUCGUUGUCGGCGGCUACUCAAUCACACCCUUUCAAAUUCUAUACAAUCUUUGAAUAAAACCUCGAAUAUUGUUUUAGAAGAACAGUUACUCUGCGUUAUUUGGCGAACUAAAUCAUAGCUAAUUUAACUGAUACACAUAGAUGGUGUACUAUCUCACGCAAGGAAAAUCUUCGUCCGUGACAUCUGCAUGUUUCAUAGGUCUUUGACAACUUCCGGCUAGACAAACGAACGGGAAAGCUCUGUAAAAAUAUUACGUGUACAUAGGCAGAUAGCGUUACAUAAGGAACACUCACACAAAUGGUACAAGAAGAUAUCAAAUAAGCGCUCGACAAUGCCGAAAUAAAGACAAUACAAUAACCGUAACAGCUGUGACAUCAACAAACGGUGACGGCAACGAUGCCGACGGCGUUGAUGUGAUAGCUUCGCACCGAAGGACAGAAAGCUCCGUGUGGCCUAAGGUAACGAAUAUAUAAAUAAAUUAAAAGCGAACCCAAUACGAAAGAGCUUAUGAGACUCUGCACAGUAGUGAUUGUUUAGAGCUGUCUUAAUAAUAACAGAGUAAUGAUUGAUCACUGAUGGAUAUUACGAUCAUGGAAACUAGUAUUACCAUUAUAGCUACUGCUAUUAACUUUGUUGCGUUUAUCCUGAAAAUGCGAGACGGCGAUGUUAGAACCUGAAGUGUUGCUCCGAGACUGUACAUAUGCUUGUAAAGGACAACUCAGUCAAAGAAGAGAACUGGAAAUAAUUAGCAAAAUGAUAGCGACAGAUGAUGGACGAAUGAUUGUAGAUGCAAAGAGAAUGAAACAAUGAAACGGUAUCUAGGAAGACGUCUACUGAAUAUCUGGUAAACGGUCCCGUUGAGAGCUCGAACGACGAUACUAGUCGAAAUAAAUCAGUGUGUUGGUAAAUAGAGAGGCCAUACUGGCCGCGCUGCACUGAUUGAUUAAAUAAUGGUCGAUUCCUUCAAUGAAUAGCCAUGCUCGACGAGCUGUUCAGUAUGCCAUUACGCCCUUAGAAACAAAUGCUGUAAAAAGCUAACGAAAAUAAGGUAAAGGAACGACAAGGCCGAUAACGAUUACCCGUGCUCGGGCCCGAUCAUCUCAACUGAGUGCCACCGCGGGAUGGCAAUGGGAACAUAGAAUGGCAGUCGUAGCGACGGGAGGCCUGUAUCGGGUGAGAAAGUUGAUGAAGAAAAAAGAGCAUAUAGGAGGCGUCUUUCCACUCUAACAAAUGUCUGACAUACUAGUGACUUAGUUCAACUGGAUACAUUUAGAUACACCUACAACGACGUCGUAAAAGCGUGAACGGUUCGAUCGGCGUAUGAAUUACGUCUUCGUUUGUUGACUGCGUAAAGGUUGCGUAAUGUAGAAAAGUAGUAAACGGUGGUGAGCCGCAAUAUGCGUCAAUUCAUUUCCGUCUCAACGAAGUUCGAUGCUGUGGCCCAACGACGAUCAAUAAGUAAGGUAGGUAGCGCAAUAGGUAAUUAAAAAUGAAAAAAAAACCUAAUGAUGAUAUCGUGUCUCCGGUUCAGCAUCUGUUAAACAGCACCUGCUAAACGCUGACAGCGUUAGAAACUUCCCGCGAAAGCAACCAUACGUUGACAUAAACGCAUGACGGUGACUGUCAGUCGGCCAAUCACGGCCUGAAGCAUUUGCUACAAGGCCGGCAAUGACGGUCUUGAUAAUCUCUAAUAAAUACAAUAAUAAAAUUAAGAUAACUGAUGCAAUGCGUCCACAACCAGAUCACAACGCAGCAUAUGGCAACUGAUGGCGCAUACGAAACAAUAAGACUAUAAUAGAGCGUUUACAAAAGGAGGAGCAGAAAAAACGUUAGAGCUCGCUGCCGUGCGCGUAGGGAUAAGGUUGACAAAAUGGAGAUCAAAAAGAAGGAAGAACCAAACAUCGUCUCGUUAUGCAAUAAUAUAUUUUGUGGUUAGGCAAACUUUCUAAUAAAUUCAAGUAAGUGGAAAAAUUAACAACCGAAAGAUAUAAUGUUGAGGCUGGGCCGUAAAGAACUCGUCCGAAAUCGAAAAGAAAACAUGGUUUUUUGUGGAUCUGCGGGCCAUAGGCAAACGCUGGCGGUGCCUGAUCGAUGUAGCGGAGGAUCGUGUCAGACACGCGAAAGUGUAAAAGAAAUCAAAUGUUUACGUAGAGGCAACGGGAAAAUGGUUGUAAAGGAUGCAAUCGGCCCUUAACUUCUUUCUAGCGUGAGGAAAAUAUCUAGAAAUAACAUACAAGUCGAUAGUGACAAAGGUCUCUUCGCUUGGACACUCGUUCGCUCGUGGCAUCGUCAGAAAAAUUUGCGUCAACGAUGACUGUAACUAUAAUUCUAAAGUAAUAAUAACGAUGAUAUUUAACGAAAUAAAAAUGA